GUCGGGUCGUACAUUUUAACUCAAAUAAAUUAUAUAGUACAUUAUACAUAAUAUAUUUUUCUUCGACAGCUUUAAAACAAACACCUCGGCGUUGUAACCGGUCAAAAUUGAAUAGCAAGGCCGACCAGAUAAAACGAAUGCAGGCCAGUUCAGUUUGAAAUCGCGCGCUCAUGAAAAAAGUCCUGAAACCAUGGAGAACCUGGACAACGAUUUGAUCCUGCCGCGCGUGAAACUAUCCACGAGGGGAGUCGACAACAUGUCCGUGGUGGAUAUAGACUCGCCACCGGCGAAAUCCACGGCGAAAAAUUUGGUUUACAAAACGAGAAGGUCCUUCGAGACGGGCGUCACGAAGUCCCUCACUUUCAGGAAAAAGCAACUCAACAACCUGUUGAAGUUCCUCAAGGAUUACGAGGACGAUAUAUGCACGGCCAUGUACAAGGACUUGAGGAAGAGCAGGCAUGAAUCCUUGGUGACCGAAAUUGAGUUCGCAGCGAAUGGUGUAAGGCACCUUUUGGCGAACCUCGACGAAUUUUCCAAGCCGGAGAAAGCCGAAAAGGAUCUGGCGUACUUUUUUGACGACCUGUACAUCCACAAGGACCCCUACGGUGUUGUUCUUGUGAUCGGGGCUUGGAAUUACCCUUUGAGUCUAUGUCUAGGACCUUUAGCAGGUGCCAUUGCAGCUGGUAAUGCUGUUAUAUUGAAGCCCUCAGAACUGGCUCCUGAGGUAUCCCUUCUUUUGGACACGUAUCUCAAUAAAUAUUUGGAUAAGGAAUGUUACCCUGUAUAUGUUGGGGGUGUAGCCGAAACCAGUGAAUUGCUAGAGGAAAAGUUCGAUUACAUUUUCUUCACUGGGUCUACGAAUACAGGAAAAAUAGUUUAUAAGGCGGCGAAUAGGUAUCUGACCCCAGUUACAUUAGAGUUAGGAGGUAAAUCGCCUGUCUACAUUGACGACAACGUGGACAUAUUUAUAACAGCUAAGCGUAUACUAUGGGCGAAAUUAACCAACGUUGGCCAAACCUGCGUGGCGCCCGAUUAUAUUCUUUGCUCAAAAACAACACAGGAAAAAAUAAUUAAAGCUUGUGAGCAAGUUUUAAAAGAAAUGCUCCCUAAUGGUGCCAGAGAAUCUCAGGACUAUGGAAGAAUUAUAUCUAAGAGACAUUUUCGAAGGCUUGUCAAUCUGUUGCAGAAUCAAAAGGUUGCCAUUGGUGGUGCUAUAGAUGAAAAGGAUUUAUUUAUAGAGCCCACAAUAUUAACCGAUGUCAGUAUAAAUGAUGAUGUUAUGAAGGAGGAAAUAUUCGGCCCUAUUUUACCCAUUGUAAAUGUAAAUAACGUCGAUGAGGCUAUCAGUUUUAUAAAUAGUCGCGAGAAACCAUUGGCGCUGUAUGUUUUUAGCAAAACCAGGAAAAUAACGGAGUUGUUUUUGGAAAAAACAUCCAGUGGGGGAGUAUGCAUUAACGACUGCUUGAUGCAUAUAACCCCUCACUCCCUACCAUUCGGAGGCGUUGGUGCUUCAGGAAUGGGCAUGUACCAUGGAAAAUACUCCUUCGACACAUUUGUACACAAAAAAGGAGUAAUGCUACGAAACUUCCAUGCCUUACCGGAAAAAUUGCAGAGUUUGAGAUACCCACCCUUCACCAAGACUAAGACAAACAUGAUUCUACAAGCUACCAGGUAUAGGAGCGGUAUUCCAAUGUGUUUCCUUGUUUAUGUUUUGGUAUUUUUGCUGGGGGUUAUAUGCACUAUUGGUGGGUACUUUUUGGUAAAAUACUUUAAUAAUAAUUUGUAGUAAUACGGUGUGAUACUAGAUUAGUUAUAUGGUUGUGAUUUUAUACACUAUUAUACAUAAAAAUAAAACACUUAGAAAACA